AUGGACAUAAGACAAUUUUUUAAUAAAAAACGUGCUAUUGACUCUGUACCUGAUACAUCGGGCAGUAAUUCCAAAAGUCAGAAAAAUGCUGAUGGGUCAACCAAUUUAUCCAGUUUAACCAGCAGUUCAGCUCCAGAUCUGGCACCAAAAGGUGAGGAUAUAAAACAAAUAAUACUAGCUAAUUAUCCCAAACAAGAAAAUAACCGGUCUUUUCAAGUUAACUGGUAUAAGAGAUUUUUGUGGCUAGAAUAUUCCCAAGAGCUAAAUGCUGCAUUUUGUUAUGCAUGUCGUCAGUUCCAACCAAAUGGAAGCAAAGGACACACGGUGUAUACCUAUUCCGGAUUUAGUAACUGGAAAAAUGCAACAGAUCUUAACAAUGGAUUUCCAGCGCAUGAAAAAACGGCAGUUCACAUUAAAGCUAUGCAAAUGUGGAACGAGAAAAAAAUCAGAGACUUAACUGGCACUGCUGUGUCUACGCUUAUCAAUAGUGAUAUUUUGCAAAAAUACAGAUAUUAUGUUAAGUCGAUUGCUGAGAUAAUUCAGUUUUUAACAGUAAAUGAACUAGCUCUUCGGGGCAAUUAUGACAUUGAGCAUGAACAAGAGCGGGGAUUAUUCUUAAAUUUAUUUAAAUAUACAAUUAAAAAGGACGAAAAAUUGGCCGAAUGUCUUCCACAUAUUCCUCAAAAUGCUAAGUAUACAUCUCCUGAUAUUCAAAAUGAGAUAAUAGCUAUUUUAGCUGAAAUGGUACGUGAACAAGUUGUUGGUGAUCUAAAAACUGCAGAUGUACCAUGGUUUACAUUACUUGAAGAUGGCACAAGAGAUAAAAACAACAGAGAAAAUGUAUCAAUUGGAAUAAGAUAUGUCAAAAAUGGUGAAGUGUUUGAAUCUUUACUAGGUAUUUACACUAUAGAAAAGUUAGAUGCCAAAACUUUCACAAAUAUGACACUUAAUAUUCUUAAUGAUAAUGGAAUAGAUACAAAACACCUUAGCCAAUGUUAUGACGGUGCUAGUGUUAUGAGCGGCCAUAAGGGGGGAGUAGCUGCUUUAAUCCAAAAAUCAUUAGGACGUUUUAUUCCAUACGUACAUUGCUUUAACCAUCGUCUCCAUCUUGUAGUUGUGCGAACUAUUUCAGAAAUAGAUUCAAUUAAACACUUCUUUGACCAAGCUGUUAUGUUACAUGAAUUUUUUGGACAUGGAAAAGUGGCUGCUAUUUAUCGGGGAAAGUCUAUUGGUAGACUAUUGGAGCAGCGCUGGUCUGGGCAUAUAGCAAUUGUUAAAGUUAUAUUUUCAAACUACACUGAAAUAUUAAGAUCAUUGGAUGAAUUUAAAAAUGAUCGGUCAUUUAUCUGUUGGUCUGUGUAUUUAUCAGUCAAAUCUGUUGGGAUUAAAUCAGUUAUGUUGGAAUACGACUUUAGAUUCACCCUUGUUUUUAUGAAGAAGUUACUUGGGCUCUUAGAACCUGCCGAUUCAGCUUUACAAGCUCGUACAAUUAGUCUAGGAAACCAAUGA